AUGGCAUUUGAUGGGACUUGGAAGGUGGACCGCAAUGAGAACUAUGACAAUUUCUUGGAAAAAAUGGGCCUCAACCUGGUCAAAAGAAAGGUGGCAGCCCAUGACAACUUGAAGAUAUCGAUUACACAAACAGGAAAUAAGAUGACUAUCAAUGAAUCCAGUGUCUUCCGAACUUUGGAGGUUGUGUUUGAGUUUGGAGUUGAGUUUUCCUACACCUUAGCUGAUGGAACACCACUCAGUGGAACCUGGAACCCAGAAGGGAACAAGCUUGUUGGGAAAUUCAAACGGCUGGAUAAUGGAAAUGAUGUGUACACUGUUAGGGAAAUUGUAGGCGAUGAGCUAGUCCAGACCUACACAUACCAAGGUGUGGAAGCCAAGAGAAUCUUCAAAAGAGCUUGA